AUGUGCCAAACUGCCAUAUGCCCACUUUGCAAUCGCAAAUCAUGGACUGGAUGUGGCCAGCACAUCCCAUCAGCCAUGAGUAACACUAGACAAGAAUUGUGGUGUACUUGUACUCACAUACUGGAUACAAACUAUCCACAAUACCCUCCCCGCGCUGGUACGGGGUCUGCUCGUCGUUCUAUUUCCGAGUAG